GGAAAAUUAACGAUUUCUCGACUGUGUAACGAAGCUACUUUCGUACCCAGAACCCUCUCACGGUGGCAGAUGAUUAUUCACAAACAAAAUGGCGGUCAGUGGACCUAAACCGGCCGAAUCUUUGCGUAAUCUUGCAUGUUCCUUGGCUGCUUUAAAUCCAGCACCCUGGGAAAAGGUAAAGAGGUUAAGCCGUCUGUGUCCUGCUAAUCAGGCAUCAGGCACUGAAGUGUUUGUCCUUGAUCAACGUGGCACUGAUGGUAUUCUUGCCCUGGGAUUGUUUGAGCUCCAUUCCAACUUGCAGUACCAGGAGAAAAUUAUGCCCUAUUUGGUGGAUGUUCUUAAGGGUCUGCCAAGUGCCAAAUGGCUGGAAGUGCGAGGUCCAGAGCUGUCGCCUACUAGCCCUUUAGCAGGAGAAUUUGCUUUCUGUUUUGUGACUCUCAUGAGUGGGCUGGCAGCAAAAGACAACAGCUUGGAUGGAGACAUCAUCAAAAUGCAACUUAACUUGUUCAAUACCUUAAUUGAUCAGUGCUGCAGGUAUCAAGAGCUUCCUGAUCUCAAGAAAGCAAACUUUUGUCGCACAACUGUUCCACUCCUGUUGGGAGUGGCUCAGGCUCUUGGAGUCUCCAGUGUGUAUGUGUCUGACCCCUCCCUGAUCACAAAGUUGUUGUUUCCCACCAACUCUGGGCAUGCUGCUCCCACAGAACCUCAGCUGCCCAAGGCGCUGAGUCGGUCUGCUCCGAGACGGUUCUUGAGUUUUCCACAAGGCCAGAGAGAUAGCAGUUAUCAUUUGUCAGAUGUUCAGUUGAAUGACCUCAUUACAAAGGUUGAAAAGUUGAUUACUUCUCCAAUCCUUCAAGGCUUAGACAGCGUCUUGUCAGACUGCAUUCAGGCAGACCUGUUAAAGAACUCUUUUCCAUUCCACUCGUUCAGUGAAGCUAUAAUGUUAUCUAUGGUAACAUUAUUGAGGGAUCUUUGCCAGAAUACUCCAGGUAUUUCUGCCAGUGUUGCAAGCAGAGCUUAUAAUGUCGGCAAACAGGUUUUCACAACAGUGAAGGCAGAGUUUCAAAAGAAAUCAGAAAAUUCUGCAGCUUCUUUGCCUUGGAAGCUUCAAACUGUCUCAGCCAGUGUUGAUCUGAUGGUGUGGACAGCAGCAUUGCAAGAUGAGCAAGAUGGUGAUACACUUUGCCAGAAUAUUUCAGAGUUCUUGUGCUCUAGCUUAGCUGUAUCCUUGGCCCAAACGGGCAGUUGUCUCUUUAUCCUGUGUUGUUUGGAAGGGCUUGCUACAUUGACAGAAAAAAUUCCAUCAUUAACCAGGCCGGUACUUACCUCUCUCAAAGACUUCCUCCUGCAGCCUGCGCCUUUGCUUGUUAAGUUAUCUGAAAAUACAAAGAAGCCAACGGCGGCAAACAUUGUAAUGACGGUGUCGUCAGACACCAACGACAAAUAUCUCACAGUUGGUCAUUCCUCAUAUAAGGGGACUGAUGAUUCUCCAUAUCAGAGAGUUAGAAAAGUUACUUUGGACAGUAUUUGUAGGGCACUCAAGUCUGGUCAAACUGUUGACGAGAACUGCGUCCAGGCUUUCUUGGCCCGCGUCGCCAACAGACUCUAUAUUUCAGAAAGUAGUGAUGGCAAUUCCACUCUUAUUUCUACCAACGCCAUUCUGACGCUGGGCUAUGUGGCGUUCAUGUUGCACUCUGUGCCCAAGACAACAGAGUCUGUACUUACAAUUCUGCAACAGAGAUUUUGUCGUCCGCCCUCAUCUCUGGAUCCUCUGAUUGUGGAGCAACUGGGAUACCUUGUUCUUACGGGAUCGGAACAGUCUUAUCAGCAGAUGAUGGGGAUGUUUAUGAGGAUAACCGUAGACGCUGGUUCAAUGGCUUACUCUUCGGAGCCAUCUACUAACGACAAAAGAGAGGGAUACAGGCACUGUGCUCUUGCCGUUAUCAACGCUUACACGAAUAUAGCGGCAAAUCUUGAAGGAGAGGCUCAGCUGCAGGAUUACUUGGUGCGCCUGUUAGAGCUGUUUGUACAGCUGGGAUUAGAGAGUAAGAGAGUCAGCGAAAAAGCUCCUGUGGCCUUUAAGGCUUCAUCCAGCGCAGGAAACCUUGGCGUCCUAAUCCCAGUGAUAUCAAUAGUAAUGCAGCGACUUCCAGUCAUAACUGACCCCAAGCCGCGCCUUCAUAAGCUUUUCCGCGACUUCUGGCAGUAUUGUGUUGUGAUGGGCUUCGGUGUCGAAGGGUCCGGUAUCUGGCCUCACGAGUGGUAUGAAGGAGUCUGUCAGAUUGCAUCCAAGUCUCCACUGCUCCUCGGCACUGGUCAUCUCCGAUCAGAAUUGAUGUACAAUUCUGCCUUGAGGAAUGAUUCCGUGGCUCCGGCUGAACUGAAUGAAGUACGCACAACUUUGCUAGAAACUCUUGGAAACCCAACAGAAAUUGUGACACUGGUAAACAAGUUAAACUUUGGUCAGUGUACAUACCUACUCUCAGUGUACAGGCUGGAAUCACUCAGGGUUUCGUCUGAUCCAGGAAAGUUGUACUCCAUUUUUGACUAUUUGGAGGACAAAGCUAUCGAAAAAGACAAAGCUGGAAUCUGGCAAUGCAUUUCCGCUGUUGGAGACAAAGUGUUCUCGGUGUUUCUAAACGUAAUGUCCAACAAACCAAGAACAAUGGAGAGGGAGACAGAACUGGAGAGGCAUGCGCAGUUUUUAUUGGUAAAAUUUAAUCAUCUUCAGAAGAGGAUAAGGCGAGUUGCUGACAAGUAUUUGUCUUCAUUUGUUGACAAGUUUCCGCAUCUUUUAUGGAAUGGCAGAGUUCUUCAUUUUAUGUUGGAUCUUCUACAGGAAUUAUCCAAGUGUUUGAACCAUCCAAAUGAAAAUCACCAGAAAAUUGAGAUCACUGUUCCCAGCUCUGUGCCUGUUAGGCUUUUUGUUCCUGAAGAGAUGGACGGCCGAGAAGGGACAGUCAGCGAUUUUGCAGCGCGCUGCAGUGGAAUAUUAAUGGAGGCGCUCAAGUGGGCGCCGGAGACAACCAGAUCAUUACUGCAGGAUUACAUCAUGGAGCUGGGAAAUGCAUCUGAGGGAGGGUCCCACCACGCUGGUUUGUCUCUUGCUUCAGAGAAUGUCUUGCAGUUUGCUGGACUCAACCCUUCCUCUGUAGCGGUUAGUCACGUGCUCCUUGAGAAACGACCGAACUGUGUGAAACAAGACACUUCACAAGUGGUGUCUGGACUGACUCUGAGGAGCAGAUAUCUGGGAGAGAUUUCUGGUAUAAGGGAACUACUGGCCAGUCAGAUAUCUAACAAUAAAGAUGUGAAUGAGACAUUGUCCGCCAUGUUAAACAAGCAGUUAGAGGAAGCGAAAUCAGGAACGGAAGAUGCUUUUGUAGCCGCCAUGUUCAGAGCAUCUGCGUUUCUUGUGACUUCAAAUGCUGUUAAUCGUCAACUGCUUCAUAAUCUAUGUUGGUGUCCAGCUGAUCUGUUCACUGAGCUCUCCUUGUCAACGGCUGUGUCGUGUUGGGAGUGGAUCAUGGGGGCAAGACAAGAUCUGGAACUUCCUAUGUUAAGUAAAAUCAGCGCCGCAUGGCAAUGGACGGUUUGUCGACGGAUCGGUUUAUUUGCAGCAGACCAGCUGACUGAGAGUCCAUUAGCAGCGUUUUCUGACAACAGAUCCCCACCCUCCCCCCCUAAUGUGGCUCCACACGACAUUUGGAUCAAUUUCUUUGUUCGUCGGUUUGAAGUGAUCAAGUAUUACAGUCGUGACCAGGUGGAGAUAUUUGCUACUAUGCUACAGCGUUGCCUUCCUCUGUCUGUUCAAAGGAAGAACUUUGUGUCCCGGCACAUUGUCGCCCUUAGAGCUAGGUUCAGGUUACUUCACCUGGGACUGUCCAUUCUACAGGGAGACUUCUUGUCAAACUCGAUUAUGAAGAAUGUUAUUAGGGAGAGGAUCUACAGCAAUGCCUUGGAUUAUUUCAGCGUUGACCCAAUGUGGCCAGUUAGCAAGGAUGUAGAGCUGCGGGAAGACAUUCAGGUGUUGAUAAAAUUCUGGCAGGCCAUGCUUUCCGACAAAAAAUACAUGAAGUACUUUAUGGUGGCAGCGCCUGUAGACACUAGCCAGCUUUUGACGCAUGGCUCCUCAACGGGAUCUCAAUACACAAGUGGAUCAUCCGGCUUAGGGCCCUUUCUGCAGGGUAAUCGAUGGAUGAACACAAUACCGCUGUCCAGCAGUCUUUCGUCUCGGCGCUCAGCCACAGGAGGUUCUACCGGGAAAGAGGCUACAGGCGGACAACAUGUCUUGAAAGAUUAUUUAAAGCGACGAAAUCUGAUUCUAGCACUGAUUCGUCGAGAGAUUGAACGGCUGUCGACUUGGCAUAACCCUAUUGCUCGUCCAGAGCUGAACUUUACCGGGAUAGAAUCACUGGUGAACUGGGCAAAUCAGACAGUUUUUACGGAGAGGAUCUGGAGAGACCUUGUGAGGCUGGCGUGGCACAUCUCACCAGACAUUGCCGUGUUUCUACCAGCAAGGUUCAAAGAAGUUUCUGCAGUACACAAAGAAGUCAGUCGCUUGGUUCGAAUACAUCCCACAGCAGUAGCUGAACUACCUGAAGCUUUACAGUAUCUUAUCACUGAGAAGAAUAUCAAGGCCGAUAUUCCUGAGCUCACGCACAUUCUGUGUUGGUCAGCCAUCCCCCCUGUGCAGGCCAUGGCUUACUUCUCACAACAGUACCCACUCCACCCCCUGACAGCACAGUAUGCCUUCCGUGUGUUACAGUCUUUCCCGCCGGAUGCCAUAUUGUUGUACAUUCCUCAGCUGGUGCAAGCCACUCGCUAUGACGCACUGGGAUUUGUUAGUGAAUACAUCAUGUGGGCCGCGAAACAUUCGCAACUUCUCGCUCAUCAGCUGAUUUGGAAUAUGAAAACCAACGUCUUUGCUGAUGAAGAGGCCCUUCACAAAGAUUCAGAAAUUGGCGCUCAUCUAGAAAACUUAAUUGAAAGGAUCACAAAGUCGCUCUCAGGAACAGCGCUUGAUUUCUACAAGCGAGAAUUUGACUUCUUCGACAAGGUUACUGCUAUAUCUGGAACUAUAAGACCGUACCCCAAAGGUCCAGAACGGAAACAAGCUUGUCUCGAAGCGCUUAGUAAGAUCCAGGCCCAAGAAGGCGUGUAUUUGCCAAGCAACCCAGAGGCCCUGGUGCUAGAUAUCGAUCACAAGUCAGGAACACCAAUGCAGAGUGCAGCCAAGGCCCCAUUCCUUGCGAGGUUUAAGGUCAAACACUGUGGAAUUCAAGAAUUAGAGACCAUGAACUCGUCCAAAGAUUUUUCGUCCUCGGAUAGUGAAGACGAGGCAGAAAAAAAGAUCUACUGGCAGGCUGCUAUAUUUAAAGUUGGUGAUGACGUCAGACAGGACAUGCUGGCACUACAGGUAAUAUCGCUUUUUAAAAACAUCUUUGAGCAAGUUGGAUUAGAUGUAUAUCUGAAGCCAUACAGAGUCGUGGCAACUGCCCCAGGGAAUGGUGUUAUUGAAUGUGUGCCAGACUCCAAGUCACGCGACCAACUUGGCCGUCAAACCGAGGUGGACUUGUACGAGUACUAUCAGAAGACUUAUGGUGAUGAAAGCACGUCAGCUUUUCAGCAGGCCCGAGCCAAUUUUAUCAAGAGCAUGGCUGCAUACUCCAUCGUGAGUUUCCUGUUACAGAUAAAGGACAGACAUAACGGUAACCUAAUGCUGAACAGGGCUGGUCAUAUUAUUCAUAUAGAUUUUGGUUUCAUGUUUGAAUCGUCCCCCGGAGGCAACCUUGGUUUUGAGCCUGAUAUGAAACUGUCGCAUGAAAUGGUGAUGAUAAUGGGAGGAACAAUGGAGUCGCCUUCAUUUAGGUGGUUCAUGGAUUUGUGUGUGAAAGCCUACCUUUCAGUCAGGCCUUACCAAGAAGCAAUCGUUUCCCUUGUUGCACUGAUGUUGGAUACUGGUCUGCCAUGUUUCCGGGGGGAAACACUUAAGAGACUCAGAGCAAGAUUCAGCCCAGCACAGAGCGAGAGAGAAGCAGCCGCAUACAUGGUGAAAGUUAUCCGUGACUCUUAUCUGAAUUACAGGACCCGAGUUUACGAUUUGAUUCAGUUGGCUCAAAAUCAGAUUCCAUGCUAGACUCCUUACUAGCGACAAGAUUAUUUAUUUGGAUUUAAAGCUAACUAGGACAAGUCUGGUCUCGUUUCCAGUCUUUGCUUGAUUUUGUUCUUUGUUUCGGACGAGAAUGGUCUCCAGUUUCCAGUUCCCACGCGAAUUUAGAAUUCGAACAUCAUGUAAAUAGCCAGUAAGUGUCUAGCACAAUAAGACAAACAACUUACUAAGACACAGUAAAUAACAGCGUAUGCCAUAAUCCUUGUGUCUUUCGAAUGGAAGUGACAAGAAUAGAGGUUCUCUUUACAAAGUCAAGAACAGCAGUUUAGUGAGCUAGAGAGUGUUUUCUCGAUUAAGCACUGAAUUCUCCCAAUAACUUGACAAAUAAUUUGUUGGAGGAAGAAAAGGGAAUUACCACCCUGAUCUUGGAUUAGUAGCCAAUAAGCUUCUUUCCUAGUAGUGGCUGAAAGAUCGAAUUUUGUACAAAAUUUAACUUAUGAUGCAAAUUAUGAAAAACACUGUAAUGUAGUUUAAAAGAAAUAAUCAAAAUUCAAGAGCCUUAA